GUACCCAACUUAUGGAGUGCUCCAACCUUCAGUUCUUAAAUUUAAGCAGGAAUAAUCUUGAAAAGAGUAUUCCUAUGGAGAUCGACAAUCUCCGGUCUCUCCAAGUUCUCGAUUUGAGUCAAAAUUUGCUUACGGGAGAGAUACCUAGACAACUUGGGCUAUUGCGCAAAUUGGAAAUACUCAAUCUCUCACACAAUAUGCUCUCGGGUUCAAUUGCGUCGACCUUUGAUGAUAUGGCUAGCUUGACAUCCAUCGACAUAUCGUAUAAUGAGUUAGAGGGUCCUUUACCCGACAUCCCAGCUUUUCAUAAUGCUACAAUUGAAGUUGUGAAAGGGAACAAAGGCUUGUGUGGAGUUAUUGCUAGUCUCGACCCUUGCUUAGCAACAAUGUUGAAAGGCAAAAACAAAAGCAGAAAGUUGCUGCUAAUUUUGAUUCCCUGUUUAGGUUGCCUAUUUUCGUUGCUUCUUGUUGUGGGAAUAUCAAGAUUAGUAUGCCAAAGAUUAAAGAAAACAGAGCCUAUUUCGAAUGACGGAAGCAAUGAAAACCCAUGGGCAGUAUUGAGCUUUGACGGAAGAAUGGUCUACGAGAGCAUUAUUGAAGCCACGGAGGAGUUUGAUGCCAAAUAUUGCAUCGGUGUGGGAGGACAUGGGAGUGUUUACAAGGCCCAGUUGCAAACAGGUGAGACUGUUGCGGUAAAGAAAUUUAAGGAAGCCGUGGAAGUCGAAAUCACUAGUCGAAAAGCAUUUGAAAGGGAGAUUCAUGCUUUGACUGAAGCUCGGCAUCGGAAUAUUAUCAAGCUCUAUGGCUUUUGCUCAAGUUCUAGAUAUUCAUUUUUGGUGUACGAGUUCUUGGAAUUUGGCAGCUUGAAGGAUUUAUUGAACAAUGAAGAGAGGAUAAUAGCAUUUGAUUGGAAUAAGAGAGCGAAUGUUGUUAAGGGUGUGGCUUAUGCUUUGUCCUACAUGCACCAUGAAUGCUCUCCUCCGAUAAUUCAUCGAGACGUAUCAAGCAAGAACAUUUUAUUGGAUGAAGAAUACGAAGCUCGCGUCUCUGAUUUUGGCACGGCUAAGGUUCUAGAACCUUAUUCAUCCAAUUGGACUUCCUUUGCAGGCACCUUUGGAUAUGCAGCUCCAGAGCUCGCAUACACGAUGGAGGUGAAGGAGAAGUGUGAUGUUUAUAGUUUUGGAGUAGUGACAUUGGAAGUAAUCAUAGGGAGCCAUCCGGGCGAUCUUAUAUCGUCACUGGUAUCCUCAUCUUCAUCAUCAUCAAGCAUUUCAACAGCUCUACAUUGGCCACUAGAACAAGUUUUAGAUCAGAGAAUUCCAUACCCAGAAGGUGACGUACUAGGGCAAGUGGCUUUCAUUGUGAAGAUGGCAUUUUCGUGCUUGAGUGCAAAACCAGAGCAUCGUCCAAGCAUGCAACAAGUGUCUCAAGAAAUAUCGACAUGUAAUUCGAUCAUGAUAGGCGGAGGACAUAAAAUUGGAACAACUAGUUGA